CAGAAGUCAGAACUUUCAGAAACAGUAGCAGAAGGCAGGGAAACACAAACACUAGCCGCCCCAGCCUUGUUCCUCUCUCUGUUUCAUAGUAGGCAUAUAUCAAUGGCGCUGCUUAGAAGAGCGGUGAGGUCGGGCCCUAGUUUAUCAUCUUCCUCUCUUAUUCCUCCGGCGAUUCUAAUCUCUUGCCGGGCACUAACUACUAAGCUCUUCGUCGGUGGACUAUCAUUUUACACUACGGAAAAGGGAUUACAAGAAGCAUUCUCUCAGUAUGGUCAAGUGGUUGAAGCUCAAGUAGUAUCAGACAGAGUCUCGGACCGAUCAAAAGGAUUUGGAUUUGUUACCUUUGCUUCACAAGAUGAAGCCCACAAAGCCGUAGAGGAGUUGAAUGGAAAGGCGCUGAAUGGGCGUGUUAUAUUUGUGGACUAUGCAAAGCCCAAAUCAGAUUAUGGUGGUGGUGUGCCAAUUGCAAGAGGACCUCCAGAACCGAAAAUUGACGGCUGAUUUACUUAUGAAAGGAUAACUUACUGCUUUCUUGCCUGUCACCGGAAGCAAGAACAUACUGAAUUUGCAGGACUGUUACGAAGUACAAAUGCAGUGGAUUGUGCUAACGGAUGCUCGAAUUAUUUUUAUUUUUAUUUUUUGGUGGGUGAUGCUUGAAGUUUGGACUGAUAUGUGAAGGGGCUGUCUGUGUUUAUACAAGCAUGUCUUCUAUGUGUUUCUUUAA